CCUGAUCACCCCUCGGAAGCAUUCAGCCGAUCCCUAAGAGCCUAUUCUACGAUCUAAUUGACUAAGAUAAUCUCUCUAGUGCUCAUCCAUGCAGUCGGAAUCUCCCACGCACAGCAACGUCACCUCGGAACCCCCUCGGAAAAAGCGAGCCAAAUACACUCAGGUCGCUUGUAAUGAAUGCAAGCGGCGUAAAUUGAAAUGCAGCGGUGAGCCAACGUGUUCACGCUGCACCCGUGAUGGCGUGCCAUGCAUUUACACGCCUAGUGCUUAUGCGUUGACUAACGCUUCAAGUUCUGUGGAGGAACCGCAUGAUGAAGGGGUAUCUGCAAGGUUCCAAUCAGUCGAUCGCCAAAUCGAGUCGCUUCAGCGCGAGAUGCGAGCGAUGGCUGCUCGAUUGCGCGAUCUCGAAUCGUCUUCGCCGGGUAACAGCAACGCAAACAAUCGCACUCCGAGGCGGGCUUCCGUUGUAUCAUCUCAAGCGCCAAACACGGGUCUCCAGCGUAUUAUGAACCGGCCAAUGUCACCAUAUCACGUUGGACCCACGAGUGCGGAGUUCGGUCUCACCGCGCGUCGCAAGCCGUCGGAUGACGACGAUGAAUUCGAAUCCACUGCUGCACCAAGUCCUGUUGCAGCGCCUGAUGCGGAUAUCGCGACUGAUGAUUUACUUGGAAACCUAGGGAUGACGGAGGCUCUGAGGCUGGUGACAGUCUAUGAAAACGCGGUGGGCUUGAUGUACCCCUGUGUUGAUCUGGACAGUGUGCGGGCGUAUGUUGUCGAUUUCUUUCGAGAUAACUCUCGUCAGAUUCUGAGCGCGGAGGAACAGGAUUGGUUUUUUGCGCGUGAUGUUGAAGUGCUGAAAAUUAUCUUGGCAAUUGCUUUGGUGACGGAAUCGCAUGGUCGGAGUGGGCGAGCUGCGGUGUUGGCUGAAAGUGUUGAGGAUCGUUUUGCGACUCGCGUGAAUAUCCCCGAGGUUGACAUGAAGGAGCUUCUUAUACUGACAUUGCUGUCAAUAUUCCAUUCGUACCGGGACGAUGAAGUCAUUUCGUGGCGAUGUAUUGGGAUGGCUUGUCGAGGUUCAAUGCAGCUAGGCCUACAUUGCCAGGAGACCUGGUAUAGAACAGGAGGUGUGUUCCCAGGGGAAUUGCAAUGGACGUGGGCUAGUCGGCUGUUUUGGUGUAUCUACGUGCUAGAUCGAAAAUGGUCCUUCGGCACUGGGCUUCCAUUUGCUAUUCAGGACACGGACAUGGACACUAACCUUCCGGAGCCGGGAACCGCCACACCUUACCUGACUUGUAUGAUCUCGUACGCGCGACUUAGCGGCAAGAUAUGGGGGCUUGUAGUCGGAUGGGGCAGUCGAUCGCGUGCAGCGACGUCGGAUUACUGCUCCUACCUUGAUUUCCAAGUCCAGCAAUGGAUUCAGUCAAUUCCAGAGGAGCUACGGUUCGACCCUUCACGACAGCCUUCCCCUGACUCGGUUCAGAACGAUAACAUGAUGAUGCUGCAAGUCCUGCUUGCGCUACAGGCGAACCAACUUCGGAUUCUAGUGUACCGCCAAAACUUACUCAGUAGCGAGAGUAUCGAAACAAAUGUCUCUGGCGCAUCCAUCGCCGUCGAGACCGCAAAGAGUACGAUCCACAUGCUAGACUACUUUACUCGUGUUUCGGAUAUCUACUUUCAGCGCCCGGAACCGUUCAAUUACUUUUUAAUUUCGGCACUAGCCGCGCUGUUUCUCGCCGUGUUUCAUGCGCCGGGUCGAUUCAGUAACGUCUGUCGCGCUGAAUUCUAUGCCGCCGUAGACAUGGUAAGGAAGUCAUCUACUCGGGCCAGAACAUCCAGACGCCUACAGAAAAUCAUUCGCAGUUUGAAGUUGAUUAAGUUGAAUGUCGGGAAAUCGCCUUAUAAACACGGACAGCCGCCGGAAAGCCUUGGCAAGGUACUAUCUCGUUUCAGCCACGGGCAGCAUGACUCGAAUCAAUCCACUUUGUUGCAGUCUCCGUUGCCCCCGUCGCACCAGCAUCAGCCAUCCGGUAUCCCGACUCCACAACCCUCCACCUCCCUUUGGUCCGUGUCCUCUCCACCGGCUACAGCGCCAGUUAAUUUUGGCAACAACGACGAUAGCUGCGACGACUUGACCAGUUUCUUCGAGAUGGCAGGAGGACUCUACUUCGAUCCCAAGACGGUUCCCCCCGAGGAGGCACCUGCAUCCGAGGGCGCUGGUGCAGGGGUGGAAGGGGUUGAUGCGUUUCACGCUGAGAAUGAGGCGCUAACCCGUGUAAUGGCUGGCCUGUUAUAGAUGGAGGUGGAGGUCUCAGAGUUUGAGUAUCGAAUUCUUCUUCGUAUAGUAUUUUAACCCAGGGCGUCCGUGACUUAAGUCGCUUGAUCCUAAAAAGGUCAAAGUAUCCCUGCCAUUGGUGGAACUAGUCUAAUGCACGCGAGCCAAAUAGUGUGAAGCUAAUGCAUCCCAAUCCCGGGGUGUCUGCCUGAAGAAUCCACUCGGGUAAUUGCCCAAGCCAAAACGAUCAGCAAUCCCCGUGACAAGUGUGUUCGAUUACCGUAAUGGGCAAAACUCCUGGAUGAGUGGCACUACGAGCCAAUUACUGUUGAAUUUAUACCCUUGCUCUGCAGAAUACCCCAAUGAUGUAAUUUCUCCGUCGCUAUAUGAGGAGUCCAUGCUAAUGACUGGCCAAAUGACCGUCUAACCGCGUUCCUCGGCCAUUUCUUGGCUCAGUGUG